GUAGAAAUAUGACACCGCAGCUCCUCUGCCAACACUGAGCUCGUGCGGCUUCGGACUCUUCGGACUCUGUGAUCGCUUUGCACAUUUAUUAAACACUUGGAGAAUACAUCUUGCCUUUUACAAGUGGAUUCAGGGCAUAAACAAUUUGUCAUUCAUGCAGAAGACAUGACUUUUUUGUAUGCUUAGCCUACCAAAAUAUCUGACUUCGGGGUCAGUUUCUAAGGUUUUCACUUGUAUUUUUCCUGGUCACCAUUUUCAGUUCUGAAAAAGUUGGGAAUAGCUUAAACCGAACCCCGUUUUUAAAGGGAAGCGUGUGCAGAUCAAGUUUGGAGUUACCCGUUUUUCUGACUGAUGUGAGUAAGGGCUGCGUCAACAUCCGCAAAACUCGUUCUUUGUGUGCAUCCUUUCAUCCGGACCUCAGCAAAGCCUCCUAGCUGUUAGGCUUCAUAUUGUGGAUAAUGUGAAUGGCCGUUUGCUACAUUGCGGAUUGACGUUUUUGCAAACACAAAAGGAUGGCACGUUCCACAGCAACAAUGUGUCUUGGCAUACUUUUCCUUGGACUUUUGUUGUUCACCUUUCGAUCUGCGAAAGCCGAAGAAGAUGCGGAGGAGAGGUCUUGUCAAGGCGCCUUUGACUUGUAUUUUGUUCUUGACAAGUCAGGAAGUGUCAAGCAUCACUGGCAAGAGAUCUACUCUUUUGUUGAACAUUUGGCUGAGAAGUUUAUCAGCCCACUGUUGCGAAUGUCUUUCAUUGUGUUCUCAACCAGAGGAAACACAAUCAUGAAACUCACCGAAAACAGGGAGUUUAUAAGAAAAGGCCUUAAUGUUUUAAAACGAGAGAGUCCAGGUGGAGAUACGUUCAUGCAUCUUGGUUUAGAACAGGCAAAUCAACAAAUACACCUGGAAAACUUUGGAACUGCUAGUGUCAUAAUUGCCUUGACAGAUGGUGAACUGCAGGAACAUCAGCUGGUGGCUGCUCAACAGGAGGCAGCACGAGCUCGGGCGUUGGGUGCAAUUGUAUAUUGUGUCGGUGUUAAAGACUUCAAUGAGACACAGCUGGCUACCAUAGCAGACACCAGUAAGCAUGUGUUUCCUGUCCUGGGAGGUUUCCAGGCCUUGAGAGGAAUGAUUGACUCGAUCAUCAAAAAAUCUUGUAUCGAGAUCCUGGCAGCGGAACCAUCUAGUGUAUGUGCUGGAGAGUCAUUUCAAGUGGUGGUGAGAGGUAAUGGUUUUCGACACGCCAGAAACAUAGACCAGGUCCGGUGCAGCUUUAAAAUCAAUGACACCGUAACGCUCAAUGAGAAGCCUGCGAGCGUGGAAGACACUUUCUUACUGUGCCCAGCGCCUGUUAUAGAUGAAGUUGGAAAGGUGGUGUACCUGCAAGUCAGCAUGAAUGAGGGUCUGUCAUUUAUCACCAGCUCCGUACACAUAACCACAACAGAGUGUUUUGAUGGCACUAUCCUCCUGAUCACCCUACUGGUUUUGUUUCUGUUGUUGGCUGUGUUGUUCAUGUGGUGGUUCUGGCCGCUUUGCUGCACUGUAGUGAUCAAAGAACCUCCUCCUCCUCCACCACCAGAGCCGGAGUCAGAUGAUGAAGAUGGAAUGCCAAAGAAGAAAUGGCCAACAGUAGAUGCAUCAUAUUAUGGAGGUCGAGGAGUUGGAGGAAUUAAAAGAAUGGAAGUUCGAUGGGGAGGGAAAGGAUCUACCGAGGAAGGUGCUAAACUCGAAAAACCCAAGAAUGCUGUGAUAAAGAUGCCCGAGCAAGAGUUUGAACCAUUUGAACCCAAGCCCAGAAGAACAGAGGGCAGAAAACAAGCUCAAGACAGGAAGUGGUAUUCUCCCAUUAGGGGUAAACUUGAUGCAAUUCUGGCUCUUUUCCGCCGUGGAUAUGACCAAGUUUCACUUAUGAGACCUCAACCAGGAGAUCAUGGCCGAUGCAUCAACUUUACACGAGUGAAAGAGGAGGCGGCCAAAGCCCCACCACGAGCUCAAAGCCCACCUCCACCCCCGCCAGACUAUCGCCCCGUUACCAGUCCUGUUACCCCACCUCCAAACAGCCCACCCCCGAGAGGACCGCCUGUGGCUCAGACUCCACCAGGUCCGCCACCUGCACGAGUCCCCCCAGGACCCCCCUGUCCCCCUCCAGCACGCCCCCCGCCCAGCCUCGAUGGCAGACCGUGAGAUAAAGAUGCAGCAUGCUUAUCCAGUGCAUCCAUCUACACAGCCAAAUGAAUCUCUUCUCUCACCAAAGGAUAACAAAAAAUGCACAUGGUAUUUAUCAGUCAGGUUACAUUAAGAUGCAUUGUGUAGUUUGUUGCUGGACAGCAAAAAAAAUGUAAUAAAAGCAAAAGUAAGUUACUGACGUGACAAAAAUUCAACUACUGAGUUUUCCAUAAGCAGACGAGUAAAGAUUAAAACCAUUUUACAUUUACGACUGUAAUACUUCAUUGUAUGUAGGCUGGACAGCUUAAAGGACCCAAUUUGUUUUAAAAGAAUAUGUUCAGUUGAACAUGCAAAAAAGUGUUUCAAAAAUUCUAAGAACGUCUGAUAUCAGCAAGAGACGCCAACAUGUCUAAAAUAACCAGUAUUAGAUGCUAUGUUAUAUUGUACAGCAUCCUAUGCCUUAUGCUUGUUUUUUUUCACAAAAGUUGUUGGGUUGCAAGCCCUCUCAGGUGAGUCUCUGGUCAGAGACAAUGUGACCAAAGAGGAAUUUUGUUGCACGUCAAAAUGUAAGAUGUGAGAAUGCAAGUAAUGAAUGUGCAAAGGUUGGGUUUUGACAUGUUUUUAUUAUCACAGUUCAUGAAAUGUAUUAGUAAGUCAUUUGAGAUAAAACUAUUGUGUAGGAUUUGUCUCAAAUGAUUCAGAAUGAUGGAAGUUUGACAGAUUUUAGAAAGUGCCACAAUUGGUCUAGAUUUUAUUCCUGGGUGAAAUUGCAUUAAAGGAACGUCAGCAAAAACAUCUGCACAAUAAAUUCCAGCAUGAUGUAUAAAUAGUUUUACUACAUUUAAAUACCUUCUGUUUACAUUAUUGUUACCCAAAAUUAAUGAAGGUGACAUUUUGACGUUAUGGUUUAAGUGAAUAGGAGAGAAUAUUCUUAGUGGUCAUAAAUAUAAUGACACAAAACAAAAUCUCCGAAUGGUCUCAACAACAUGCUCCAUUGUUUUUAAGCAAAACAUGAAUCUAUUUCUUUUUGAUUUGGGCCUAAAAUAUGACCCAGACAGGCUUUUGGAGAUUCUGUUUAUAUGUUUGUUGGUUUAUUUGUUGUACAGGUUAAACCUCUAAGCAUAUGCAAAGUCAGGUCAGUUCUAGUCAUGUUGUGUUGUAUUCCACACCUGUACUGUAUGUUAAUAUUCAUCUUGUUUCCUAUACAUUUCAUCAUCAAACAUAUUGCAACUGCAGGGCAGUUCACAGCAUCUAAUUUAUUAUCCCCACGCCUGAACGAAGGUACUUGAAUACGACAAGGUGUCCUCUGUUGAAACAGGAUACUGUGUAUGAAGCCAAAAAUACAAAAAGAAAAAAAAAUCGGUCUCGGAUAACAACCAGUGCCUUCUGUUUGUUUUUAAAACCUUUUUUAUACUUCAUCAAGUAUGAUACAGUAGCACUGUUUAUACUUCUUUUAAUGACAAAAUCGGUGCAUGCAUUUUGUUUUCCCAUUCUGUCCUUAAAAAGCGAAAGUGAUCGGCUGUGAACAAGCAAAGAUUUUCCCCUCACACACAAGACUCAUUCAAGUCGGCUUUAAAUGGACAUUCAGAUCUAUUAAUGGCAAUAAUUGCAGUAUGAUGCUAUUGGCUAUGUCUGUACUUUUGUUUUGUUUGCUUGUGGCAAUUAUCUGAAACAUUGUGAUUUGUACUAUUCCACAGAAAAAAACUUUGAUACCAGAAUUAUAAAUUCAAAAUGAUAUUGUGUUACGAUGUACUAAGUAUAUUAACAACAAUACUGAAGCAUCUAUUGAAAGGCUCAUAAAAGUUUACUUUUUCACACUAUUAAUAAAGGUUGACUUUCAA